CGUAUUUCCUGUUCUCUGCGAAGUUCCCCCUCUUCUCACCAUCGCGCUGUGACGGUGAUGUUUUGGUGAAAAAAUACGGCGUCGAAAAGGGACGUAAACACGUUUAAAACAUGACAUUUCGACCGAGUGGGACCUAAAGUGGCGUUGCAGGGAAACGAGGGACGUCUUCGAUUAAGGUUUCGGUCUAUCUUUAUAUAUUCCUCCGCAUGUCCGCUUUCUCCGUAGAUGGUCUCCGGCGAGCGUUGUCUGACGGCGGACGACGAGGUCUCGACGAAUAACAUGAAGGAGAUGAUUGGAGGUUGCUGUGUAUGCUCCGACGAACGCGGCUGGGCAGAAAACCCGCUGGUGUACUGUGACGGACACGGCUGCAGCGUCGCCGUGCAUCAAGCCUGCUAUGGCAUCGUUCAGGUGCCGACUGGUCCUUGGUUCUGCAGAAAGUGUGAAUCUCAGGAGAGAGCAGCCCGUGUGAGAUGUGAGCUCUGUCCCCAUAAAGAUGGAGCCCUCAAGAGGACAGACAACGGAGGCUGGGCUCAUGUGGUUUGUGCCCUUUAUAUACCCGAGGUGGAGUUUGCUAACGUCUCAACUAUGGAGCCCAUAGUACUCCAGUCUGUGCCACAUGAGCGUUACAAUAAGACCUGUUAUAUCUGUGAAGAACAGGGCAGAGAGAGCAAAGCAGCCACUGGCGCCUGUAUGACCUGCAACAAACAUGGCUGCAGACAGGCCUUCCAUGUCACAUGUGCCCAGUUUGCAGGGUUGUUAUGUGAGGAACAAGGCUCAGAUGCAGAUAACGUCAAAUAUUGUGGAUACUGCAAAUACCACCACAGCAAACUGCAAAGGAGCAGGGGCUGUGGUAGUAGGUCUCAAAGCUUAAGUGACUCUUCUUCUCAGUGUAUGGAUAGACCCCCAGACCAGGACAAGAAGAAACACAAGGAGCGGGACAGGCACAAACCGAAACACAAGAAAACCUCCAUGGAUAUGUCACCCUCGCUCAUCCUUCCAAACAUCAUGGUCCCAGACAAGAGCUACAACACCGGCAACUCAGGGGCAGGUGUCACCUCUCUUCCGGCAUCCUCUCAGAAGCGAUUGGAUGACAGCGCCGCCCGUUUCACAAACGCCAACUUUCAGGAAGUGUCAUCCGCUCUCUCUGGCAGUGGUCCCAAAGAGGGCUUGGCUGCAGACACGGGCAAGACAGCAGCUGAGGUGAAGAACAAGAAGAACAGUGGUGGGGCUCACACGGUGGGACAGAGGGGUGGCCGCAAGUCUCUCACCUCCUCAGGGAAACCCAUCCCCUCCACUGUGGUCACCAUGGCAACCUCCUCAACAUCUGCCUCUGCGUCAACGGGGCCUUUCCAUCAAGGCCUGCUGUUGACGAGUGCUAGUAAAACGCCCUCAGCCCCUUCAUCUUCAGACUUCCUAAGUUUUUCAGAUUCAUCAUUGCGUCCUGGUGGAGGAACUACUUUCUCCUCACCACCAUCUUUCAGCAGCUGCCUUGUGAAACCAAGCUCAGAGAGUGGAGCUUCAGAAGGAACUGCAACUCUGUUUGGUUCACUUAUGUCUGCUACUACAGCUUCUGCAGUUGGUGGAAAGCUGUAUGAGAAUUCCCACAGUCAUACAGUGAGUGAGACACAAGGACUUGUUGGGUCCACUGCUUACAAACGACCGCAGCCUGCAAGCUCGGGACUGGGGAUUGGUACAGCAACUGCUGGAGGAGUGGAAGAUGGGGUAAAGAAGAAAAAGAAGGGCAACUGGCGAAACAGAUUUGGACCUUGCUUUACCACGGAUGUGAAGCCUUCUGAGCCAGCUCCAUCCCUAACUCUCCCCACAUCGUCCACAGCCAGCACCUCCUCCUCCACUGCCUCUACUUCCUCCUCUUCGUCCUCAACGCUCUCAGUCCGGCCAGGCAUAGUUUCCAGUAGUGGAUUAGGUGUAGGGAUGGGCGGAGGAACAGAAAGGGGGCUGGGGGUCAUGGGUGUCAGCGGUGGGAUUCAGAAGUCCCCGGCACUCCUCAGGAAUGGGAGUCUGCAAAGCAGCUCCACAACCACUGGCUCAGGUGUCUUUUCUGUUGCUGAUGGGUCAUCAUCAGGGACAGGAGCUGUCGCCAUGGUCGGAGCAGGCUCAGAGUUGUCACAGCAACAGCAACCCACACCUUCCCUAGCCCCUCCUUCUCCAUUCACUGCCACUGCACCGGUUAACAGCACAGCCUCCACACACGUGAGCGGUCUGCAAGGCUCAGUCUUCAACCUGGCCCCCCCUCACAUGUUUGGCAACAGGCUCAACCCCAACUCGACUAUGGCAGCGCUCAUCGCUCAGUCCGAGGCCUCACCAGCAGAUCAGGAGGUGGGAGAUGGCAGCAACAGCGGCGGCGGAUCUCAGGGCUUCUCCAUAAGAGCUUCUCCCAAGACCACCCCACGCUCUCCCAUUGGUGGCCUGCAGAUCCGCUAUGACUCUCCGGGGUCGUUGCUGGGGCCGGGGCUGGGGUUGCUAGGAGCUGGGGGAGGUGGCGGAGAGACGCUGCCCCCGGUGGCCACCAGCAUCGAGCAGCUCCUGGAGAGGCAGUGGAACGAAGGGCAAAGCUUCCUGCUGCAGCAGGGAGCACAGGGAGAUGUGGUGGGAAUGUUGAAGUCUCUGCACCAACUACAGGAAGAGAACAGGAGGCUGGAGGAGCAGAUUAAAACUCUGACCAUGAAGAAAGAGAGACUUCAGCUUCUAAGCGCUCAGCUAUCAGUGCCUUUCAUUCCCACAACUGUUUCCUCUGGAGCCCAGUUUGGAGCCACUGACUCCUCUUUGCCUGUGGCAGCGCAGGACACUGCAUCAUGUGGCGGUCACAGCAGCAGUGGCUCCACCUCGUCCCUCUCCACACCUUCCUCCGUCUCCCAGAGUCCACCUCAGCCAGCGCUCAAUGGGGUUGCGACCGUGGGGGCACCCACGGCUGGCCUAGGAGGCGUGGCGGGGCUAAUGGGCGCUCUGGGUGCAGGAAAUGCGCUGGGUAUUGGGGGAAUCGUCGGCGCGCUGAACGGUGUGAUCCAGACACCUGCGGGCACAGCCAGUUCUCACACACACACUACAGGAGCCACUACAGGUGUGACACUGCCUGUUAAUAACAGCAGCUCAGCAACUAGUAAGAACAGCGCUGCGCGUCUCGGCCUGCUGUCUGAGCAGCAAAAACUCAUCCUGCAGCAGCAUCAGCUGCAGCAGCUGCUGUCUUCACAGCCCUCAGCGGAUCAGCAGCAGGUGUUGUUCUACCAACUGAUGCAACAGCAGCAGGACCUCCAGCAGCUGCAGUCCCUUUCCUCCUCAGCCCAGAUUCCCUCCAUCCCGCUCUCGUCCGCUCAGCUGCCCAUCAACAACCUGCUGCCCAGCGCCCAGGGUCAAGGCCAAGGCACCAUCACUGCAAACCCUUUCCUGGCGCUGCAGCAUGCACACGCCGACACGCACAGUUCAGGGCCACAGAAGCCUCGGCUAGCUGAGAAAGCGGUGGGCAUUGCAGGGCAGGAGAAGACAUGACAACAUAUCUUCUUUGUUUUUGUUUUUUUUUUUGUUUGUUUUGUUUUGUUUUUUAAAUAAAAUUUGCAGAGUUGGGAUCAGACUGUUGGUCAACUUUGUAGUUCAGUGAUUUGAACAUUGGUGGGAGAGAAUUCUUUGUACCUGGUAGAUUUUUAUUUCCUGUGGUGCUUGUUUAGACCAGAAUAUAAGAAUAUUGCAGUUUUGUCUUUUACAGUCACUCACAUUGGCGGGCCUUGCUUGGUUUGUUUUCGCAGCUUGAUUCUGGUUCUAGUUUUGACCCCACUUUGUGUAAAUUUCUACUAUUUAUUUUGAUCCAAAUUUAGAUUUUUUACUAUUACUUUUUGCUGCUUCUAGUUCUUAUUUUUGUCUUUUCUCUAGUUUAAUGUUUUUAUUUAAUAUUCCUAGUAGUUAUUGUUUGUGUGUACGUGCGUGUGUGUUAGUGUGUUAGAGUCAGUAUGUAGCACCAGAGCACAUGGUGUUUUUUUUUUUUUUUUUUUCCUCAUUUAACUGAUGAAUUGAAUAGCAGGUCAGCUUCCCAGAAAUGUUGUCUUGCGUUUACUCAUUCUUCUCUCUUCAUUCUUGCUUCCUCUCUUCUUUUACUUCUUUCUGUCAUGGCCUGGUCUUUCUGCUGUUUCACUCUCAGGGGCUUCAGCUAACCAGAGCUGUUCACUCAAAACCCAAGCUGGCACACACAGAACCACAGACAAAUAAUAAUAAAAAACGCACUCACACACACACACACACACACACACACACACAUGUGUGUGUAUAUAUAUAUAUAUAUAUAUAUAUAUAUAUAUAUAUAUACACAUCCCUAGAAUAGCACUGAACAGUAGCAGAUGUAUGUUUGACAUCUGUCUCGCACCAGUCCUGAGGGAAAUACUGGGUCAGUGUUGUGAAAAAAUCCCACAUGUUCUCACUGCUGCUUGUCUCCCCGUGUGUCUUUCAUUCUGUGUGUGUAGAUCCAUUAAUGUCAGUGAGCUAAGCCUCCUAUGGUUACCACAGAAGCCUUGUUUUUGACUGUCUCUUCUCUGGGGCAGAUAUAGAGGGCCUAGUCAAGGAUGUGAAAUGUCGAAAAAGAAAGACAACAAAGGUAACUUGAAUGUUCAACAAGGUGCAUUAAUCUGCACGGCAUAGACGCAAAAAAGAGAGAUCACGAGUUGGUUGCCAGCAAGUGGACAUCUUUACAUUUCAUCUUCGUGGUUGAGUCCCAUGAUGCACCUACCUCUCCAGCAGGACCAGCUUAUCAGGACCUAAAAGGCUGACAACAGCGGCCACUUACAAACCCACCAGUCAUGACUGGCUAGUCAGGGUCCAAACCCAAGUGCCUGAGGCCAAAGGGAGGAAGGCAGGAUUUUUUGUUUUCCUUUUUACGUCUUUAUCACUCAGCCUAGUUUUUCACAACGCUACCAGUGAUUAAGCUGCAUGCCAAGGCAACAGAUUACAGAAGAACACUUGGUCCAUCAGGUUGGACACGCUGUCUCUUUAACUAGGAAAAUAAAUUCUGCUGUGUUCUUUAAUAUCAAAGCCAACUUAAUGUGCUUUUUAUUUAUCCGGAGUUUUUGUGUAAUGGGCACAAGAUAAUAUAUUUUAAAAGCCCACUGGUUCUGCGAUUUAACAUCAUUUUGUACUACUGUGUACAGUUUUUUUUCCCCCUUCAUACAGUCUAAUCUUGCUGUAAACCCUUCUAAUGACUUCUACUCUGUGUCAUGUGUUUGAAAGCUAGAAGCUACUACAUAGUAGGCUGAUCGGGGAGGGUGGGGCUGGGGUGUACAUAACUUUGUAGGGGGGAGGAAGUGUUCUGAAGUGUUUCUGGGGCGGGGGUAGGGUGGGGUGUUCAGUGGCACCGUUUUUACCUCGUUAUGUGUAUAUAAACUUUUCUCAUUGGCCGUUGGUGUACAUAAGUGAUAGUGAUUUGGCAGUGCUGGUGUGAAAGCCAAUGAAGCCUCAGUUUGUGUAUGUGAAUCUCUAGGACCAGACAAGUAAGAUUGACCAUGACUGGAUACACAAAAGUAUUAAUUUAUUUUUAUAUGUGCAGGGAAAAUGUGUUUCUUUUUUAAGUUUUGCACCAUUUUCUUGAUGAUUUUAUACUCUGAUUACCAUGUUUUCAUCUGUGCACACAUUUGUUUGGAUUAAUUUUUGUACAAGUGUAAAAUAUUUGGGGGGGCGGCAGGGGGAAUUUCGACAUUGUAUUUCAAAAACACAAAAAAUAAACACUCUGGAUUAAGGAA